AUGUCCUCGUCGUCUCCCUUUUGGAAGCCGAUAGAGCCGAGCAAUGUGCGCGAACUCAUGAAUUCAGGGUACUGCGUGAUAGAUAAUUUCAUGCAAGACGAAAGUGUGGCGAAGAAAAUGCGCGAGGAAAUGUGUUCGAUGCCGAUACGGUAUGAAAACGAGGAGGAAAAGGAGGAGAAAAAGAUGCCUUGCAUGCGACCGAACCGGACGCACUUUACGGACGCGAAGAAUAACGCAAAAAGGUAUUUGUUUUCUAAACCCGGGGUGUUUGAAUACGACAUGCACAUGAAUACCGUUGAAAACAGUUCUAACAACAUAAAUGGUAGCAGUGGUUCGAUGGCGACGCUGGAUCGAUUCUUCGCGGCGACUGGGAAACAGCUCGCGGAGGCGUUCAACGAAGCCGCCAAAAAGGAGGCAUUUUCUGCAAUCGACGACGAAGAAGAAGACAAAGAAGGAAAACAACAGAAGCAUCGCUCGUACGCCCGAGUAAUAAAGGUGAAACCGGGCGAUGAAAACAGAACGGUAAAACUUCAAAUUAACACGUGUGGCGCGUUUCCGUACCAUUUCGACAACCCAGGCGGCGCGCGACAGAAUAGAAAAUUGACGUGUAUUUUAUAUCUCAACGAAGCGUACGAAGACAAAUGCGGUGGCGAGAUUGUUUUGGUACCUUUUAUGGGACCAUUCGUUACAAUCCGUCCAAUAUUCAACCGGUUGGUCGUGUUUCAAUCGGAAAGCGUGUUACACAGAGUGAACAAAGCGGUGAAUUUUCCAGGUGAAGGGAGAGCGUGUUUAACCGUUUGGCUCGACGGCGACGACGAUUCAGACGACGACAACGAAGAAAAAAGGAACGCAUCAAACAAAAACAUCCGCAACGACCUCGUCCAACUCCUCUCCUCCCCUUCCAAAGACCUCAUCUCGUACAUCCGCCAAACUCCGGACGCGCAACGCUUCCUCUCCCGCUGGGCGUACCGAGACGAAUACGAAAUAAGCCUCCUCGAGUCGCACGAACCGGGAAAAGGUCUCGAGCACAUGUUAGAAGCGCACGAGGACGCGAUUAAACGAAUGAGGAAAAUUCAAGACUCUGAUUUGCAAAAAGUGUUGGAGAGAGUGAGAGAAAUGCGAAGGGAAGAGGAGAUGGAAAUCGUUCGAUUGUAA